AUGUUCACCUGCAGGAGUGGGACGUCAUUCGAAUCCAUGGGCUCCCACUUUGAGCACGCUGGGGAAGAGGCGCGGCCAGGCAUGAGCGAUGAAGAUUUUGCUCUGCUCAUGCAGCAGCAAGAGCUAGUCAGGGGCUUUGGAGGCGUUCCAGUGGGGGAGCCGGGCGGCUACACAUCUGCAACAGAGUCUGCAGAGAACGAGGGCGACUACCAUGACGAGGAGUACACAUACGAGGAGCUCUCCGCUCUGGGGGAGGUUGCAGGGACCAUCAGCAAGGGCCUGAGUGCGGAGGCCUUGGCGGCCCUGCCCAGAAUGUCAUGGGCGGAGGCGGCAGAUUCGCGAAGUGGAGCCCUGGACACCAUGUGA